AUGAGAUGCUGGAUGAUGAAUGAGUGUCUUUCUCUCCUUUUGGUACUGCUGUGGCUGGGAUUGAAUUUAUAUCUGUUUAUCGACACAUUCCUGUGGUAUGAAGAGGACAAUGCGUUCUUCUAUACCCGAGUUAUGUUGGGUUCGGCCUUGGCAUGGGCAAGAGCAUCUGCAAUUUGCCUUAAUUUUAACUGCAUGUUAAUCCUGGUACCGGUCAGCCGAAACCUGAUGUCAUUCUUGAGGGGAACGGAUGCUUGCUGCAGAGGACCAUGGAGAAGGCAAUUUGACAAAAACCUCAAAUUCCACAAACUGGUUGCCUAUGCAAUAUCUGCUUUUGCAACCAUCCAUGUUGUUGCACACAUGGUCAACAUGGAGCGUUAUUAUGUGAGCCACUCGAUUGGAGCCGGCAAGCUGAGGAAUAAGCUCUCUUGGAUUGGCAAGUACCCAAAUGAAACCUACUUGAACCCAAUCAGAAAAUAUGACACAAACACCAUUACUGAAUCGCUAACAACAAUAGCUGGUAUAACUGGACUGGUGAUCUCCCUGGCUCUAAUUCUGAUCUUGACCUCAUCAACUGAGAUUAUCAGACAGGCGUCCUAUGAACUCUUCUGGUAUACACAUCAUGUUUUUACUAUCUUCUUCAUUAGCCUUGUCGUCCAUGGAGCAGGUCAAAUUGUCCGAGGCCAGACACCCCAGAGUCUGUUGCGUCACAACAUCUCCUAUUGUAAGGAUCACUCCGGUGAAUGGGAGGAAACUGCUCAGUGUCCUUUACCACAGUUUUCCGGCAGUGAACCUUCGGCUUGGAAAUGGGUUUUAGGUCCCAUUACCUUGUAUAUGUGUGAAAGAAUAAUUAGAUUCUGGCGAUUUCAACAAAAAGUUGUUGUUACUAAGGUGGUGAUUCAUCCUUCCGGAGUCUUGGAACUUCAAAUGAAGAAACGUCACUUUAAGAUGGAGGCUGGCCAAUAUGUCUAUUUGCAGUGUCCUUCAGUUUCCCGGUGGGAGUGGCAUCCUUUCACCCUCACUUCAGCCCCCGAUGAGGACUUUUUCAGUGUUCACAUAAGGGUGGUAGGAGAUUGGACUAGAGCCUUGUUUAAGGCCUUUGGAGGAGAAGAAAUGUCCUUCAAGGAACCCUGGAAGCUACCAAGACUGGCUGUGGAUGGGCCCUUUGGAGCUGUGACCACUGAUGUGUUUCACUAUCCUGUGAGUGUGUGCAUUGCUGCUGGAAUUGGGGUCACCCCUUUUGCCUCCGUUCUCAAAUCCAUAUGGUACAAGUGCUGUAACCCCAGUGUGCAGCUCAAAUUGGACAAGGUUUAUUUCUAUUGGAUUUGCCGAGAGCCGUGUGCUUUUGAAUGGUUUGCUGACCUUCUACUCUCUCUGGAAACUCAAAUGGCUGAGAAAGGAAAAGCCCAUUUUCUGAGUUACCAUAUAUUUCUUACUUCCUGGGAUGAAAACCAGGCCAUCCACAUAGCCUUGCACUGGGAUACAAAUGCCGAUAUAAUUACUGGCCUGAAACAGAAGACCCACUUUGGAAGACCAAACUGGAUCAAUGAGUUCAAACAAAUAGCCUAUAGUCACCCCAGCAACGAUGUUGGUGUCUUCUUUUGUGGACCCAGAGCUCUCUCCAGAAUUCUUCAGAGGAUGUGCAGAUUAUUUUCCUCAGCUGAUCCAGGCGGUGUUCAUUUUCACUACAAUAAGGAAAAUUUCUAG